AUGUCUGGCUGGGACGACAAACCUCAAAUCAUCGGAUUCAAACAACAACGACCUACUGUCGCUAAGGGUUCUGCAUUGAACUCCGCUCAGAGAUCGGGCUUGGUAGUUUCUUCAGAAUCGAAAGGUGCUGGACAGAACCACGGACCUGCCGAUCACCAACGUAUCGCCAAGCUCGAUAGGGAUGAUGCACCCAAACCACCUGAAAAGGUUGGAGUUGAUGUCGGUAAAGCAGUGGCAACAGCUAGAAUGGCAAUCAAGAACAAAGAUGGAAAAUCUAUGACUCAGAAAGAAUUGGCUACUGCUGUUAAUGCUCAACCUUCAGCUAUCACAGACUUGGAAGCUGGCCGAGCGAUACCCGACCAACAACUGCUUGCUAAGCUCGAGAGGAAGUUGAACAUCAAACUUCGAGGUGCGAAGGCUACCAUCGGUGCACCUCUUCAUCCACCUAAGAAGAAGUAA